ACAGGAGCUGCCAUCAUGUUCAAACCAAGAAUAUGCACAAGGUCACGAAUGCCAGGUGGCCUCUUGACCAAUGCCAACACCAGACAGUUACGUAGACGAUCCUGGUUGCCCGGACAACGUCGUGUGACGAUUUGGCCAAUUGUCAAAUUCAUUCCAUCACGGUCACAUUGAUUGUUCGGGAAAGAUUGAUCGGAUAGAAUCCUUCCAGAAAUAGCCUGCAUAUUCGCUUAUCAGUUUCCGCGGCUGGUUUCUGCUCUGAUAAAGCCGCAUUGUCUAAGAUAUUUUCAACACCUACUUCGCAGCAUUCCUUCCCCCUCUCCAUGGCGCCGCGCGAUGCUAGCGCCAGCCGCCAUCGUGAGUCGGAGCGCAGACAAGGCCAUAGGAAGAAAUCGUCACGGGAACGCAGUUCGAGAAGGGCGGCAGAGUCGGCUCCUGAUGCUACAAGGAGCGGUACGGGUUCUGGCAAUUCCCAGCAGCUGUCCCUAGAUGCUUUGGCGCAACUGAAUGACUACAACACCAGCCGCCCCGUCACAGAAUCCGACCAAGACCGCCCAAGGGAUGCGGGGAAGAGACGGAAGAAAGCACGUCCGUCGCGAGCGGAAUAUAAGCCUGUAAAUCACGACUACGAACCACCCGCAGCUACGCCGACGAGAGAGCGCCGCAAGAGGGACGGAAGCCGGGACGUGAGCCGUGAGGCGCGGAGGGAAAGGCGAAGAAGGCCGACAGCGACGGACUAUGAAAGGGGUCAUGAGUCGCCUGGGGGAGACAGACGGAGGAGGCCCGCAUACACAGAUGAUGAGAGGGACUACGAUUCACCGAGGAGAGAAAGGAGAAACAGGGAGACGCACGCGGGCGUGGAAACAGACCGAGAAACACCAAGGAGCAGGAGACGUAGGAAAGAAGCUGUUACCGAUGGGGAAACCGAUUACGAAUCGCCUAGGAAAGAAAAGCGGCAUCGUAGGGCUGCGGCGACGGACGAUGAAGAAGUACGCAGAGACAAGACACGAGGUCAGGACAAGACGAAAUCGACCCUCGACCCGGCAACUUCCACGUUUGGGUUGAAGCGCAGGGUGGUAAGCGGUGCCGCUAUGGAGGAAGGUAGAGCGGCGGCAAUACGUGGUGGAGCUGGGAGUAGCAAGCACAGCAGCCAUGAAAGUUAUGACAGUAUUGCACGAGCGAAGGAUGGGUACUACGAGGAACAACCAUUUGUGAACAAGAAGAAGCGGAAAUGGAUGAUCAUAGGAGCCGUCGCUGCAGUUCUGUUGAUUAUUAUCAUUGCAGUAGCAGCGGUGGUGAGUAAGAAGAACUCGUCUUCUUCCAGUAAAGACAACUCCAGUCUGGACGGCAUGACUGAGUCGGACAUUCCAACGGCCGCACGGGGCAGCUACUUGGACCCCUUUACGUGGUACACAACCGACGACUUCAACGUGACCUACACGAACCAAACGGUGGGUGACCUGCCCAUCAUGGGUCUGUACACCGACUGGGACGACUCGACGCAAGCCAAUGACAAAGUAGCCGCCCUAAACGAUGAUUGGGGCGAUUACUCGUCCACUCCUGCACGUGGGGUCAAUCUCGGUGGCUGGUUAAGCUUGGAGCCCUUCAUCACGCCGUCGCUGUUCAACUACGACUCAAAGCUGGGUAUCAUCGACGAGUAUACGCUAUGCACAUUCUUGGGGGCCAAGAAAGCGGCGGCUACGCUCGAGAAGCACUAUGCCACUUUCGUGACGGAGUCGACUUUCAGCGACAUCGCAGCCGCGGGCCUUGACCACGUGCGCAUCCCCUACAGCUACUGGGCCGUGCAGACGUACGACAACGACCCGUACGUCUUCCGCACAUCGUGGCGGUACCUCCUACGCGGCAUCGAGUGGGCGCGCAAGUACGGCCUGCGCGUGAACCUGGACCUACACGCUUUGCCCGGUAGCCAGAACGGGUGGAACCACAGCGGGCGGCAAGGCGAGGUGCGCUGGCUGAAUGGCACCGACGGCGAUACCAACGCGCAGCGUAGUCUCGACGUGCACGACCGCUUAUCCAAAUUCUUUGCGCAAGACCGGUACCGGAACAUAAUCACCUUCUACGGUCUAGCGAACGAGCCCAAAAUGACAUCUAUCGACGUGUCGGCGGUACUGGACUGGACCACCAAGUCCUUCGAGCUGGUCCGCGCCAACGGGAUGAACGCUAACAUCGUCUUUGGCGACGGCUUCAUGGGCCUCGCCAACUGGCAGGGCAAGCUGACGGGGAUGGACGGCUUGGUACUCGACGUCCAUCAGUACGUUAUUUUUAAUAACGACCAGAUUAUCUACACGCACCAGAAGAAAGUAGAAUACGCCUGCGACGGCUGGACCCAGCAAACAGACCAGUCCAUGGACACCUCCACAGGCUUCGGCCCCACCAUGUUCGCCGAGUGGUCACAGGCCGAUUCGGACUGUGCCAAGCACCUAACCAACGUAGGCUGGGGCAAUCGGUGGGAAGGCACUUACGACUCCGGGAACGCGACACUCGACGCGUUGACGCCAAAGUGUCCGGCUCAGGAUUCGACGUGUAGUUGUGAUGAGGCAAAUGGCGAUGUGGGGAGUUACAGCGAUACGUACAAGAAGUUCCUGAAGAUGUUUGCUGAGGCGCAGAUGGUCAGUUUUGAGAAGGGGUGGGGCUGGUGGUAUUGGACUUGGGAUACUGAGAGCGCGCCGUUGUGGAGCUAUAAGCAGGGACUUGCCGCGGGAAUACUGCCGACUAAGGCGUAUGAGAAAGAGUUUGAAUGUGAUAGUGAUGUGCCGGAUUUUGAGGCGAGUGGGUUGUCUGAGACGUUUUGAGGUAAUAGUGUGGCGAAGGUGGUAACUCGUGGCGGUUUGAGGAGGCGUUAGUUGAACGUCCGUGGGAGGAUAUAUCCGGGGAGGCUUUGCGCUGAUGGGAAGAUGUGUAAGGACGGAGGAGGUUGCG